AUGGCGUGUCUACAGCAGCAACAGCAGCAGCAGAUGGCGAUGAUGGUGCAGACAUUGCAGCAAGCGGCAAUUUCGUCACGACCGAGCAGCCCAGCCCCGCCGUUCGCAACUUACAAUGCAGCAGAGGAAACCUGCGAAGAAUAUGUGGCCAGAUUGGAGCAACAUUUGUUAUGCUAUGAUAUUAAAGAGGAAUCUCGUAAAAGAGCAUUUUUUCUGGCCACAAUCGGCGCACCGUUAAAUAGGUUGUUACGUAAGUUAAGCAAGGAAGAAGAGAUUUCGCAGGUGUCAUACGAUAUACUUAAACAGCGGCUGCUAGCUCAUUUUUCGAGGGAGACGCAUUUAGUGGCGGCACGCUACAAGUUUUAUUCAUCCAGAAUGAAGCCAGGCCAAACGCAUGCCGAUUGGGCGACGGAGUUGAAGGGUUUGGCGAAGCGUUGUGCGUUUGAAUGCAACACAGAGAAAUCGUAUGCGGAGUCAUUGAUACGGGACAUGUUGGUAAUGCAUACGCCGGAAAAAGAAGUUCGGUGGGCAUUAUUGCAACAAAACAACCCGUCUUUGGAAGACGCCUUAAAAUUAGCAACAUCGUAUGAGGUAACGAAGCAUACGGCGCAUCAGAUGACGUUAGGCGAUAGAGCAGCAAGAGAUGUAGAGGAAAUGAGUGUACAGGAGGAAAAUUGGGUAGCCAAGCCACGAAGCAGGAAGCAGCAGGAGAAGAAAAGUCCUUCCACCAGCAGAGGCAAGCUAUUGAAGUCUUGUAGACAGUGUUUUAUUAGUCACGACAGGAAGGUUUGCAGAUUCCUCAGAGCGGAGUGCUACAAGUGCGGUAAGAAAGGGCAUAUUAGAGAAGUGUGCAACAGUGGUUCUGCUGAAAACAGACGACAAGAAAUGGACAUCGAUGAGGUGAGCGGGCACGUCAGAGAAGGACGCAGCAGUGGUUAUGCCGAAAGCCAGCGGCAAGAAAGAGGCAUCGAUGAAGGGGAUGGUGAUUGUAUUUAUUCAGUUAUGCAGUGUGAUGACAAAA